AUGGACUAUUCCCCCUCGGAGAGCCGCAGCCCCUCCUGGGGCGGCCUCUUUCACCCCGGCGAGGCGGCCGAGGCCAGCAAUGACAGCCGCGCCAGCGCCCCCAAACCCGACGGAAAGGACCCGAUCCCGAUGGUGAGCUUUUUUGACGGAACCAAGGCCGGGCUUCAGAAGGUGGAUAAGGACAAGACCGAACUCGCCAUCCGCCAACUCUCCUCGGGCUCACUUUUCUACAAGAACGAAGAGCGAAAGUCGCACGCGCGCGCGCAGCGGGUCGAGGCCAUGCUGGAGAAGAAAACGCUCUACGAGGCAACGAUCGCAUCGGAUCCGGGCCGUCUGCGGGGCGUAUGCCACGAAGUGGCCACGAUCGAGCAGGACCUCGAACGGGAGCGCUUUUUUGAUCGCGUUUUUGCGCAUAUCGACAUGGACAUGUUUUACGCCGCGGUGGAGGAGAAGAAAAACCCCGAACUCCGGGACGUCCCUUUUGGCGUGGGCUCCCUGCAAAUGCUCUCCACGACGAAUUAUAUCGCCCGGCAGUACGGCGUUCGCUCCGGCAUGCCCGGGUUUAUCGGGGUGAAGCUUUGCCCGGACUUGCGCAUCGUCCAAACCGACUUUGCGAGUUAUCAGGGGGAGGCCGCCGUGGUGAAGGCGAUUGUGUGCGAGUACGAUCCGGACUUGUGUAGUUUUGGGCUUGAUGAGCAGCGGCUCGAUUUGACUGACCACCUCGCGCUUAAUUUUCCCGACGCGCAAAGUCUCGAAUCGCGGUAUGCCGCGGCGGAGGAGGUGGUGGCGGGGUGUCGUGAACGAAUUUUCGAGGCCACGCGCCUGACGGCAAGCGCCGGGAUCGGCCCCACCCCCACCCUCGCGAAAAUGGCCUCAAACUUCAACAAACCGAACGGCCAACACACCCUACGGCUGGACUCGCGCGAGGCCGUGAUGGCGUUUAUGCGGCCUUUUUCUUGCCGCCAGGUGCCGGGGAUUGGCAAGUCUUUUGAGGCCAUUCUGCAGGGCCUGGGAAUCGCCACCGUGGGGGAUAUCUACGACCAACGCCACUGGCUGAGUUUUAUUUUUACACCCAAAACGUUUUCUUUCCUUCUUUCGAUGGCACUUGGCGUCGGGGGUUUUAUGGGAACCUCUCACGGCGAUUUGAAUGCAGAUAAAGACGCCCUUGGCAAUCUCAAGGUGGACUGCAAGUCUAUCGGAAACGAGUGCACCUUUCAGCAUCUCAAACAUCCACGGGAGAUGGAAGAGAUUGCGUAUGACAUCCUUCGGAAUGUCGUGCGCAGGUUGAAAAAAAAAGCCUUAGUGUGUGGGCGGGUGGUGCUAAAGCUAAAGCACAUCGAGUUUCAGGUUCGACAGUACAGCAAAAGCCUUCCAAAAGGAUCGGACGAUGAGGCGGUCUUACGCCACGCGUUAGAUGAGCUUUUGGCGCCUUUUCUCGAGAGCUUUAUGAACUACCGCUUGCUUGGUGUGCGGGCCGAAAAACUUAUCCCGGAAAAGGAAUCGGAGGAGCGGUCAGAGGGCAAGGGACAAGCGACACUCGAUCGAUUUUUUAAUAUGGGUCGGGUAAAGCGAGACCGCGAGGAGCCGUCAAAGGACAAGGAUGAUUCCGUGGAGCCGGAGGCGACGCUGCCUCGACGGACCCCUCGAGGCGACUCCUCAGACGCCCAGGCCCGCGAUACGGGCGGUCACCUCGGCCAUGGAAAGAGCCCCACGAUGUUGUUGGCAACACCGAAUGUCAUUUUGAUCGAUUCCCAGCCCUGCACUCCCCCAACGAAGAGGGAAGAAUCGCCUCCCUUGACGAUAUCGUCCUCACCUGCGGUACUGUCAUUUCAUGAACUAUCGACCAUUUCUCCUCCGUUGGAAGUGCAUCCUACCAUCCUAACACCCAACGGUUUAAGUGAUAAGGAAAACGAAGUGUCUAAUGCUGAUUCUAACGAUGUGGUGUUCAUUAUAGAGUGA